AUGGCCAGAACACCAGAUCGAGCGAGGAACUUGAUAGCGACAAGAAGAAGCAAACGUUUGGAAGCGAAGAGAGGAGGAAGAAUGGAAAGGGGAGAAACAUCGGUUGGAGGGGAAAGACAAGGCGUGAACCGACGAAAGAAUAAUCAGAACGGUGAAGAUGACUUUAGGGAAGACUUGAUACACACUUCUGACAUGGACACCACUGCAGAGGAAGAAAUGACCCAUGAAGAGUUGGAAGAAAAUAUUGAUGAAGAACACGUGACGUUGGAGAAGCUAAAGGAGACACUUCUCCUUGAACGAGAACGAGACAAGGAUCUAGCGGAGCAGCAUGCUCAACUGAUGAGGCAAAACGCUAUGUUGGCACUACAAAAUCGGCAACUUAACGAGGAAGCAGCGGCUGACGCCAUGAACUCGGAAGGAAACACGAUAUCUUCAGGAGAAGAAGAGACACGACAAAGGAAGUACGCCUGCGAGGACGACGGGGGAGAGCGACGAAGGAGACAACGGAGAGAAAGUAGUGAAAAAAAAGAUCUGAGAUGGGUGUUGGAGGAAACGAGAUGGGAAGAUCAAAGACGAAGGUAUGCGGAAGAAAGAAGGAACGAAAUCGAGAGGAGGCGAGAAGAGGAAAGGAUAUUACCAAGAACAUUACAUGUUGUGGAGGAUGAUCCAAAAUAUGAGAAAGGGGAACCUUCAACCGCAGUUCCGUCCAAACUUGUAGCCGUGUCAAGCGGAGACCAGGAGUGGAUCGAUCAACAGAGGUACAAGGAGUCAAUACGAAGGAAUUAUGAGCCCCGAAGCCAUAGCACAGGAUACCGACAGAGAAGCAAUCAAGGACCUAGUUUUGGAGAGAAAAGACCAAAUGCACCGGACUUUGAAGAUGUAAAGCUUCCUAGACUCAAUACAACUGUGAAGAAGAUUUGGGAAGCGAUAGCGCUGACAGAAGAGAUUCCACCCCCACCAAAUCUGGGAAGAGAACCACCUUCGACCAAGAGCAUUCAAAAUUUCCAUGAUAAUAUACUCAAAAGAGUGCAUAAGAGGGACUUCAGAGGGAAUAAGAUAUUCAAUGUGGCGAAGAAGGAGCCAUUAGAAGAGUGGAAAAAUAGGGAUAUAACAUUCUCAACAAAGAACGCACCAGAGGGAGGAGCUUUACACACAGAGCCAUUGUGGAUAAAAGGGGUUGCAUCUACAUAUCAUCAGACCAUACGGUUUCCCAUGCCAAGCGCAAUAGGCGAGAUCAAGGGAUAUCUAAAGAAUGAGCGAGAUUUUAUCGAAAAGGAUGUACACAAAUAUGAUGAGAAACUGAGAAGGAAGAUAGAACAAAAAAGGAAGGUAUGUGAAGAAAAAAUAGCGGAGCAACUGAUGGUGUUCACCAUUGGGAUAAGCGAGGAGCAGAUUACAAUGCAGAAAAGCAUGGAGGAGGCAGAUAAGAUGACUAUGGAAAAAACUACGGAGAAGGAAAGCCAAGUGGAGAUGAAGCAAAGUGGAAAAACAAAGAAGGGAAAAAUAGCUGAAGGAAGAGAAGUAGUGAGAAGCGAGAAAGAAACACCCAUCGCCAAGGAAAAACGAACCCCGCAAGGCAGAUCAAAGGCAAACAACUCCAAGCGCAAGAAGGUAUCAAUACAAGAGAUUUGGAAAGGUGUUGAAUUGUCUGGUCAUUUUGGUAAGAAAAAUGAGGCAUGCGUUGAAGACAAGGAGAUGGAGAAAUUAAAGGAGGAGCUCUACCAAGAAAGACGAAGGAAGGAAGACUUGGUAAAAGAACGAAUAAGGCUAGAAAGGCAAAACGAGAAGCUCUUGAUUAAGAACAAUCACCUAAAAAGAAAACAAACAGAACAUAACACCCAAAGGGGAGAAAAUGCUUCGGGAAAGAAAUUGGAAACUGAAGGACGUCAGGAGUAUUGUCGAGAUAGAAAGUGGCGAGGGGAACAAAAUGAACGAGAAGAUUUGAAAAGAUCUAUAAAAAGCAGCAUGAGGGAGUUAAGGGAAAAGUAA